AGAAGUUCACCUGCCGAAUCAGUACAGAUCAUUAUUAUUAUCUGUUAAAGUCAGGGGCAUAUUCUCUUGCCUGUCGAUUAUCAGCGGAAGUCUGGCUGGCUACCUAUGAAUAAGUCACCAAAACAUUUACAAAGUUCCAAGUAUUAACAGUGUAGUCUACUUGUACAACGGUUACCCUGAUCGCUGUAUACAUAUCACCAAGUUCAAUGAGGAAAACGACGUAGUCUACUUCCGUUUAUUAAGCUGAUCCUCUGCAUUUCCUAGCAUCUUCACUGUUUCAUUUGUGUGAUGUUCACGGUACAUUUGCAGUAGAUCCAUAUAUAGUGUUAUGGUUAUGUACUAUUAUACAUGUGCUAUAUACAUUAAUAUAUAAAGGAUUUAUGUUGAAAUUGCUUUAAAUGCACGCACAUUAUUACGCAUUUAGUAUACAGAGCACACCACAGUAGAAUAGUUGUUCUGAUUUUCUCUUGCGAUUGAUUAAUAUUUUGCAUGGAUCGUACCUGGUUUGUCCUGUGUGAACAUUAUAAUUUACCAUUUGCCCUAUUAACAUCCUGACUUAUGACGCAGUAGUACCUACACAUACAGUGACUCUUUCAUAUGUAAUUGACACAUUGCCAUGCAGACAUCUGGAUAUCGACCGAGUGAAUCCUGCGGAUUAUUUUGGCUACAGCACGAACUUUCCUGAAAUUUCUUAAACGUUCUAGUCCACGUUUGUACUCUGUUCACAUGCUAACGGUCUUGCACUGGUCAGUGGCGAUGGCUCAGCCCCCUUGCUCAGUGGAACAAUACUACCUGGGCGUGGAUGUCGGCACAGCCAGCGUGCGUGUGGCCCUCGUCACCCGGACUGGGCUGGUCAGGGCCACGGCUGAGGAGCCCAUUCGCAUAUGGGAGCCGAGUCCAGGCCACUACGUCCAGUCAUCUGACGACAUCUGGGAGCAGUGCUGCCGUGCCAUCAGGGUGGAAGGUGACUCAGGCCGUUGAGAAGGGCCAAAUCCGAGGGAUCGGUUUCGACGCCACCUGCUCCCUCGUGGCUCUGGAUGCCCACUUUGAGCCAGUAGCUGUCAACCGCGACGGCAUACAGGACCACAACAUAGUGAUGUGGAUGGACCACCGCGCUUCGGAGCAGGCCGCCCGGAUCACUGCCACAGGCCAUAGCGUGCUGCGCCGCAUGGGGGGGACCAUGUUCUUAGAGAUGCAGCCCCCCAAGCUGCUGUGGCUAAAAGAGAACCUGAGGGAGACAUGCUGGGAUCGAGCAGCUCAUUUUAUGGACCUCCCAGAUUUCCUGUCCUGGAAGGCAACGGGCUCGCUGGUGAGGUCGCUGUGCACCCUGGUUUGCAAAUGGACCUACUGCCCUCAGGACGGCUGGGACAGCAGCUUCUGGACGGCCAUCGGCCUGGAGGACCUGCUGGCUGAUAAUUACGCCAAAAUAGGUCAGCUGACCUGCUGCCCGGGCACACCCCUAGGGGCUGGGCUCACACUGCAAGCCGCCGCCGACACCCAUCUGGAGGCGGGUACAGCGGUGGCUGCGUCCCUCGUCGACGCCCACGCCGGGGGGCUAGGCGUGAUUGGUGCAGAUGUCAAGGGGUUCCGCCUACCUUGUGAGGACCGUCCAAUGACGUCUCGCAUGGCCCUGAUAUGUGGGACUUCAUCUUGCCACAUGGGGAUCAGCCAGAAGCCGCUCUACGUCCCUGGAGUGUGGGGGCCCUACUUUUCCGCCAUGGUGCCAGGCCUCUGGCUCAACGAGGGGGGGCAGAGCGCCACGGGGAAGCUGAUUGACCACAUGGUGGAGGGGCACACAGCCUUUGCUCAGCUACAGGCCCUGGCAGAUGAAAGUGGCGAGGGUGUCUACUCGUACCUCAACAAGCAUCUGGAGACCAUGGCAGGGGGUUCGGGUUGCCUGGCUCAGCUCAGCACCAACCUGCACAUCUGGCCUGACUUCCAUGGCAACCGGUCUCCUCUGGCAGACCCCACCCUCAGGGGGAUGGUCGUCGGGCUAACCCUAUCCCGCACUCUGGAUGACCUGGCUCUGCUGUACCUGGCCACUUUGCAGGCCAUAGCUCUGGGUACUAGACACAUCCUACAGACCAUGGAAGAGGCAGGAUAUGACAUCAGCACCCUCUUCCUGUGUGGUGGGUUGAGUAAAAACACCCUCUUUGUACAGACCCAUGCGGACGUCACAGGUCUGCCCAUCGUGUUGCCUUGCCAGAAGGAGGCCGUGCUGGUUGGGGCAGCCAUCCUUGGUGCCUACGCCUCCCACGACUACGCCUCCAUCCAGGACGCGAUGGAGAAAAUGGCCAAGGUGGGGAAAGUCAUCUGGCCUAACCCCGAACUUAAGAGCUUCUACAGACGGAAAUAUAAGGUGUUCCUGCAGCUCGCAGACCAUCAGAGGGCGUAUGCCUCUCUGAUGAGGAACUGAUCCCACAGAGGCCCCUCUGGGAGAAGGCAGACCCACCCACGCAACAGCGCAUCGUGUGCAUGACAAAAACUGCACUGGUACUUAAAGCCUUCCCAACGCUGGUGACCUCAUUGCCAUCGUCCACAAGCAUCUCAAAAAAGGGAUUCCAGCAAAUCAGCCCUGUAUGCAUUCAUACACUGUGGAACAUGUGAAAAUGCUGAGUCACUGAGCCUUAAAAAUUAAAAUCUCAAACUUUGUUAUGGAAUCAGUGUGAAAUAUACAAGUUGUAUGUCUUAAUGCAAAGUCAAAGUGAAAAUGUCUUGAUGAAAUAGGCAUAAACUGUGUUUUGAUGGUGGUUCCCUGAUAACUGACCGACCAUGUACCUUUCAUCCUUUCUAUACGUGUUUUUAAAUGAAGCCGACAGCAGUGACCACAUGACGAAGUGCAGAUGGAACUUAUUUUACCUGCUAAGAUCCUUAUGUGUAAAACAUAAACUUCUCAAGAAGUUCUUC